AUGGCGCCCAAGAACAAGGGCGGAGACAAGAAGGGCAAGGGAAAUGAUGGAGGUGAUAAGGGGGGCAAGGGAUUGAAACCGGCGACUUCGAUCAAUGUGCGGCACAUUCUUUGCGAGAAACACUCAAAGAAGGAGGAAGCCCUGGAGAAACUCCGCAAUGGGUCUAAGUUUGAUGAUGUUGCUAGGGAGUUUUCGGAGGAUAAGGCGAGACAGGGUGGUUCUCUUGGCUGGAAGGUCCGGGGAAGUCUGGAUGGCACCUUUGAGAAAGCAGCAUAUGAGCUGGAGCCUAGUACGACGGCGAAUCCGAAGUACGUGGAGGUGAAGACUGGAUUUGGAUACCAUAUUAUCAUGGUUGAGGGGCGGAAGUAA